AAAAAAAAAAAAAAAAAAAAAAAAAAAAAUAGAAGUGAUUACAGUAUUGCCAAUCAUAUUGUUAUCUAUUUGUAUUCAUAAGUGAGAGUAAUUAUUACUAAUUUGUAGGAUACUACUUUUUGAAAUUCUGAACAGAGCUAUUUAUGUGAUAUAUAUUUUAUAAUAUAGAAAUUGAUAGAAGUUUUAUAUAACACCAUGAAUGAAACACAUACUAACAUUUUCCAACAAUUUUACAACGAGUUAAAGUCAGACAGUACGAUUGACUCGUGGCCACUUGUUAAUUCACCAUGGCCAAUAUGCAUUAUUUUAGCACUGUACUUGGCAUUUGUACUCAAGCUUGGUCCAAAAUUUAUGAAAAACCGAGAACCAAUGAACAUUAAGUACCUAAUCCUAUUCUACAACUUAAUGCAGACUAUGUUUAAUAGUUACAUUUUGGCUUACCAAUUCAUUAGACCAGAGGUUUUUAAUUAUAUAUGGAACCAUACAUGUCAUCCUGAUAAUACCAAAAGUAACAUUGUACAUGAGCUACAUAUUGCUUCAUGGUAUUUUGCCAUAUCAAAAAUCAUAGACUUAUUGGACACGGUGUUUUUUGUAUUGAAAAAAAAACAAUCGCACAUUUCAUUUUUACAUGUUUACCAUCAUGUUAACAUGGUAAUCACUUGUUUUGUCCAUCUGAGAUUCAUCAAAAGUGAAAAUGCUGCAAUGGGGACCAUCGUUAAUUCAUUUGUUCACGUAGCCAUGUACAGUUACUAUUUCUUAGCAGCGCUUGGACCAAGCAUCCAAAAACAUUUAUGGUGGAAAAAAUACCUGACCCGUAUACAAAUUAUACAAUUCAUAUUUGGCAUACUUUAUUGCGUCGGUCUUUUCGUGUCUAAUUGCACUUAUUCAAAAUUAUUUAUUUCAUACAUGUUGUGCGACAUACUCGUAUUUCUUUAUUUGUUUUUAAAAUUCUAUGAAAAAACCUACAAACCAAAAGGCAAGAUCCAGUGAACCCGACAACUAUAAAGAAAAUUUAAUAUGUGUGUAUAUACAAUUUUUAUCGUUAGUUUGUCAUUAAUAGGUACCUAUACGAAAUUCAAUAUUGAUUAAGGUAAAUAAAAUUAUGAUUUGUUUUAAAAUGUAAAUUUACAUUUAUGUAUUCUACGAUAUUAUUAUAUGAAUAUUUAAAACUAAAUAAAUAAUGUUUAUUAUUAAUAAAUAAAUAAAUAUAAGUUGUGAUUUCAAUUAAAACAUUUAUUAUGUUUAUGCUGAAAAUUUAUAGUUUUACACUUUUUAUGAGUGCAUUUAUUUACCACAUUUGUAUUUUGCGA